AUGACGUCUAAUUCCAACGUGUCCAACAUGCGUCGCCUUGUAGAACAACUGAAACUGGAAGCCAGCGUGGAACGGAUUAAGGUAAACAAAACCAACAUCUUACAGAAAGACGGCAGAAGAUUUAGCAUAGGAUAGAUUUGGGGUGUAUUUAUUUCAUGGCAUUUCAAACGAUGAUUGUAAACGUGUGGGUGAUGGCAUUCCAGUUAGUCUACUGUAUCAGCCAGCUCUUGUGUGAUCCACUGUGAUGUGACUGAUGCUGUGAAAAAAAAGUCGUUAAUUCCGUUUAAAAUGUAGUCAACCAAACUUGGCCUUGAUACUUCCUAAAUAGAAAGGAAUUCACCAUGGCAUUAUAUAAUUCAUUAAUUCAUUGUCUGCAGUCUCAUUAAUUAUACGAUAUUAUUGCUUUAUGAUAUUAAAAGGGCCUGCAGGUCAAAAAAAUGACAAUUAUAGCAAUGAUUUGGUGUCCAUUUAUGGUCUGGGCCCAAGUCAGCCUGUGCAUGUUUCUAUAAUCUUAAACCAGCAACUAUCAGGAAAUAACACUGAUCAUAUUUUUUCUUCUUCACACUUUUACAGUGUUAGUUUCAUCAGCUGUUGUACACAUAUGAUACAAAACACAGUAGAAACAGAAUUGUGACUGCACAGGGCCUUUAAGCAUUGAAACACUAGUUGUUCCCCCAGGUGUCUCAGGCAGCGGCCGAGCUCCAACAGUACUGCCUGCAGAAUGCAGCUAAAGACGCCCUGCUGGUGGGGGUUCCGACAGGCUCCAACCCCUUCAGAGAACCACGAUCCUGUAACCUGUUCUAA